GUCUACUAGAAGUGGGCGCGCAAAUUUCAAAACAGCAUAACGUUUCAUGUCAGAGAGCUACAGACUUGCGCGAUUUUGCGCAGCUAGUUAACGACUGCUAGAUCAUCAGCAUGGCUAUGCGCAUUGCCAGGCGACGAUCGCUUAGACCGCUUACAAUACCAAGAAGAAGGCAGGACACGGAUGUCACUGAUGUAGCGCAAGCCGGACCUAGCGCAGACAGUGACUGCUGGGAAGAUGUGGAAAUCUGGGAAGCAAAAUGGUCUUCGGCAAACACGAGUGAGGUGCAGCUGAACUGCUCUAGCGUCCUGGACGCCGCCGGCUGGAUCACGACCUCCGACCUCCACCGCCCCGUAGAGUCAGCGCUCGCUUGGUGCCAGACCAAAGUGUCCGAGGCGUGGAAUGCCACCCAACAAGUACUUUUUCCAUCGACGCGUUACAAGAGGGACCUAGAUGAUGCCAUGUCCAGAGUUGAGCAGCUAGAAAUAGAGCUACAAGGCUUGAAAAAACAGAAGCUUGAUCAUGAGGUAGUAUCUGCAAAGCCAGACCACCAGUACUGCGAAAAAUGCGCGGGACAUUUGGCUGGUCAUUUGCCGCAGGCUGCAUGUGUAGGGGCAGCUCCUCCCCCUCCUCCUCCUCCUCCUCCUCCUCCGAAAGCAGCUCCACCUCCACCUCCUCCCCCACCUCCCCCUGGCAAGUUGAAUUCAUCAAAGAAGCCUGUGAUCAAGAAGAGCAAGAAGGCAGAGAAGCCGGCAGCUGCGAGUCUGCCUUCGAUAAGCCUGGACGACAUCAAAAAGGUCAAGCUGAAGAAGAGGUCGCCGGCGAAAACCGCUACUCCCGGCACGCCGGAGGGGAAGCUGCGCACGCCCCUCAUUACGCUCGACGCUCUCCGCUCCGUCACGCUGAAGUCGUCCGAGAAGAAGCGCCGGUCCGUCGGCCGGCGCGCCUCGAAGGAGAAUGGCGGCGGCGGCGACUUCCGCAGCGGCCUCAAGCGGUCGCGCGUCGAUCGGAGCCCGGGAGGAACCCCGCUGAAGAGGAACGUGGAGGAAUGCGGGGAGGGUCUCACACCGACGAUGACGCGUGCCUUGAAGAAGAAGUUCGAGAACACGAAGACCCCGUCGCCGAGGGACCUCACGUCAACUUCCCCGACCGACGACGGGUUCCAGGAUUUCGACGACAUUCCGACGCCGACGACGAGGAGGUCGGACGCGCGACGCUCCGGGGGGAAGCCCAGGAGAAGGUCUCACUCCCUGCUGAGGAGGUCCAUCGGGAGGCAGUCUCCGGGGAAGCUGGUGGCGGCAGGAGCUAAGGGCGGGGACGGCGACGCGUCGGCUCGGUGGUCCGUGGCGCCGGAUAGUCUGAACCAGGUUGCACCUGAUAUGUAGAUGGUUAGGCAGAAGACAUCUGUACCAGGUGUGAUGUCGAGAUGUGGUAACUGGUUUAUGAUGUUAUUCUCAUAAAUGCAUAUAUAUAUAUAUAUAUAUAUAAUAUGUAUGUAACAGUUAUCUUCCUCCUGAUAUGUGCACUUCUAGCUGAUCUAGUGCUUUUCAAGAAGUUACUGAGCUACAGGAAUUUUACAGGGCCUAGUUGUUAUGUGAGGAAGAUAUAUGAUACCGGUGUGAGUAGGUAUAAGGAAUACGUAGCAGGGUACUAACAAAUGCAUGCAGAAGGAUAAUCUUUUAUUUUGGUUGCUGGAUCAAUCAAUUAAUGAUAGGACCGUAAUUGUAAGGUUUUUUGGCUGAUGUCGUUCGAGUGACGUAUGGAAAUCACGUUUACGUCUCUUUUCGUUGGGUAAUUAUACAAUUACAUGCAUGUGACUGUACUGUGUGUACAGUAAAUAAAUGUUUUACCUACCCUCUACCCCCAUGCAUACAUGCUUGUUUAAUGGAAGGAGCUAACACCCCUUACCUCACGUACAUUUGUGAUUUUUUAACAUUUUAUUGUUUUGAUUUUACGUCUGCAUAUAUAUAUAUAUAGUUGCAUUCGUUUUUAUAAUCCUACAGCUUUAAAUUAAUUUGUAAAUUAAAUAUUAAAAAUUAUUAGUGGGAAACUAGAGUAACUGUAGUAAGUGAAUGCGAACUACUGCAGAAAAUAGAUCACUAGUGAUAUAUUUGUGGUUAUAUACAAUAUAUAUGUAGGGUAAAAUUGUUAUAGUGAUACAUAUUAUCAAGAGUAGAUAAUAGGAGAAGAGUAUGACAUCGUUUUAACAGCGUUCUGCAUAGUUUUCAAAUUGUAAAUAUUUUAUCAAUAUGAUAUAUUCAAACUUUACCUUGUUUUCGUCUAUGAUUCUCCCUUAUUCCUUAAUCAUAUGACACCACCAAUUUUCCUAAAAAUCGUAUGUGUUCUUUGAAUACGACAUGGUUUCAAGCAGUUUUCACGAAUGGACGCAUGUGUUCGGCGAAAGUUUAUGCCAAAGUUAUGCGACGGCAGCACCAGGUUGUAACCAAGAUACAAGAUAGAGAAUAGAACACUAAUCCCAUAAAUGAUAAUAAACUUUCACCGAACACAUGCGUCCAUUCGUGAAAACUGUUUGAAACCGUGUCGUAUUCAAAGAACCUUUUUGAAGAACACAUACGAUUUUCAGGUAAAUUGGUGGUGUC